AAUGUCGUUGGUCGGUUGUUGGAAUAGCUUGGGGGAAGGAAUGAAAUACUGAAGCAAAAAAAAAAGGCAACAAAUAAAAAAAAAAAACUAAGGAUACUUGAUGUUGAAAAAAAUGGAGGGAACAAGGACACAAGAUUCAAGGAACUUGUUGGCCAAUCGACAAAAAGGAUAAAAAAAAAAUAAACAAAUUGAUUGUCGUUUGAUGAAAACGACACCUGUCAUGUAAACAAAACGUGCUAAGCAGUGCUAAAAUAAAAAACAAAAACAGCUAACGAGAUAAUAAUAAUUGUUGUUGCUAUAUUAAUCAAUUAAUUAAUUGGUUUUUUUUAAAAAAAUCAACAUGGAUAAAGUAUAUCGUUUUGAUCCUGCAAAAAUUACAGAAAAAUAUAAUAUCAAAGAGUGUUUUAAUGAGUAUUCAAAACUCAUUGAUCAACUUGAACAUGAUGAGGUUAUUACUAAUGAAAAUAAAUCAAAAAAAUUAGAUGAAAUUUACAAUUUUAGAAUUAAAAAUAUUAAUUAUUUUGAUGAGGAAGAUGAUGAAUCAAAUGAUGCAGAAAAUAAUACAACAACAAAUCAAUAUGAAUAUAAUCUUGGUCUACCACAAGGUUUACCAAAUAUACCUGCAAUACAAAAAUUAAAAUUAUUAGCUGAAAAAUAUGCCAAAGAAGAAAAAAAAAAAAGUUUAUAUAAACAGCCAAUUUACGUACCAAUUAAUAAUACUGAAAUUAUUGAAGGUGAAAAAUCAAUACCAGGUAAAGAUAUAUUAAUAGAAAUAAGAAUUUUUAAUCCUUUUGUUGCUGAUUCAAGACAUGGUCCACCAUCAAAAAGAAAAAUAUCAUUAUCACGAGUUAUUUCAAUUCUUGGAUGUCAAACUCUUGCUGAUUUACGUGAUAAAAUUAGCUGUGUAUCAGAUUUAUCAGUAUCAUAUGAAUCAAGUAAUGAUCCAUCAGCUGCCCAACAUCUAUUAUCAAAUAAAAAUUUAUAUAAAUCUGGAUUUUUCUAUAUUGAAAAUACUUUUUACAAUGAUAUGAGAGAUAAAAAUAAUCAUGACAAUAGUGCUGUUAUAAGAGAAUGGGCUGAGGCAAAAAAUUUUGGUAAAUUUAGUGUUGAAAAAAUGGAAGAAACAAAAAUUGAAUCAUUAAAUGUUAGAUUUGGUUAUCCUUGGGUUUAUCAGCAUCAAGGAACUUGUGAGCAUUUAGUUGUAUUUGCAGAUGCAAGAUUAAUUAAUCCUGAUGAUCAUUUAGCAAUUAAAAAUUAUCCAAGAGUUGAUAGAAUAAGUUGCAUACGUAAUAGUUCAUGUUUAUUGUGUGCUGAUAAACCAGUUUAUUGGAUAACAAUUGACAGUGAUAGAGUACCACAUAAUCCUUGUUAUUUUUGUAAAAAAUGUUUUAAAUCAUUUAAUUAUAUUGAUGGUAAAAAAAUUGGUAAUUUUAAAGCAUACAGAUUUCCAUGUGAUCCUGAUAUUAUCGAAGCUAUUGAAAAUAAAUCACGUGUUAAAAUCGAACUUAUGGAUCAAAGCUAAACAAUAAAUUAGUCGGUGAAAAGAAAACUGGAAAUAU